AUGUACGUGCGGGCCAAGCGGCGGGCGACCACCUACUUCCUCUACUGCGAGCCUUCGCAGAAGGUGCUGCAGGUGAAGCAGAACCUGGAGGUGCUGUGCGGGCAGGCGGCGGGCGACAUUCGGCUGGUUGUGCUGCACAGCAACGCCGUGCUGGACGACAACAGAUCGCUGGCGGAACAGCGGGUGGAGAACGAUGCAGUGGUGGCACUCACAUACCGCCUCUCAGAUGAUGAGUGGGAGCCAGUAUGCAUAGACAAGCCUGAUGAUGGCACAGCAGACAUGGACCACAUGGGCUGA